AUGAGGUGGCUCAAACGAGAUAGUUCGCCACCCAAAGAGACGUUUCUGCAAACUGCAGCAAAAGAUGCUACCUUCUUAUCGCAGGAUACGUUGGCUCCUGAACCAGGGGAUGGAUUUUUCGAUGAAUUCACUGAUCAGGAUCUUCAGGCGCGAAAAGCACUAAAAUUCGACAUUUGGGCGGUAAGAUUUGGAUUCAUAAUAGAAACGAUAUCGUACAUGGGUUACGGGCUUACGCCGACAGGUUUUGGGUUUUAUGCCAUUGGGAUAUUCCAAUGUUUAUCGGCGAUGCUUCUUCCGACUAUAAAGUCAUUGUUGAUCAACUUGGUUCCGCAUUCCAAGACGGGUGAAGUGCUGGGAGCGACGAGCGUUUUGGAAGCGUUAAUGAGAAUACUCGCGCCGCUAUUAUUUAACACGCUUUAUUCUCUGACCGUGUCGACGGUACCGUAUGCUGUGUGGCUUGUUAUUGGGGCAUUGAUGGGCAUCGGCGUUGUGUUGUCGUUUUGUGUUAAAGUGAAGAAGAUCGAGAAGGGGAAAGGGUUGGCGAGGAGUGACGAUGUUAGGGAAUGA